AUGAGGCAGCAGCAGCAGCUACAGCAACAGCAGCUGCAGCAGCAGCUGCAGCAGCAGCAGCAACAGCAGCUGCAACAGCACCUGCAGGCGGCAACACCACUAGCAGCAACAGCAGCAGCAACUGCAGCAGCAACAGCAGCAGCAGCAGCAGCAGCAGCAACAACAUGGGUUUCAGCCGAAAGAGGCCAGCUGGUUAAGGACACACAGCAAGAAGCAAACUGCAGCAGGAGGAGAAGUCUGCUGCUGCUGCAGCAGCAGCAGGAGCUGCAGCAGCAGCAGCAGCAGCAGCAGCAGCAGUAG